UCUGAAACUGCUCCUCCUUCUCCUCUCACAUCCUUCUUCCUUGUUGCUCUCUACCCAACACACAAUGUCUGCUUGCACCAAUGAGGAUCCUCGUAUUCUUGGCAUCAAAACUAAGAUUCGUGUCGUCCCCAAUUUCCCCAAGCCCGGGAUCAUGUUCCAAGACAUCACAACUCUGUUGCUGGAUCCCAAAGCCUUUAAGGACACAAUUGACUUGUUCGUGGAACGAUACAAAGGCAAAAACAUUUCUGUUGUUGCAGGAGUUGAAGCUCGGGGUUUUAUAUUUGGCCCUCCCAUUGCACUGGCAAUAGGAGCCAAGUUUGUGCCAUUGAGAAAACCGAAGAAACUGCCAGGGAAAGUUAUUUCUCAAGACUACAUAUUGGAAUAUGGAAGGGACUGCCUGGAGAUGCACGUAGGAGCUGUUCAGCCUGGAGAACGUGCACUAGUAGUUGAUGAUUUGAUUGCUACUGGUGGAACGCUCUGUGCAGCUAUGGACUUACUAGCAGGUGUAAUCCCUCAAAGUAGUAUGUUUCUAUGGAGAAGGAUCUCAAAUGUAUUUUUACGUCAAUCGGGCUCUCUGUUUCCCCCCAUUUUGUUUUAUUCACUGCUGCUAAUGGCUAGGUAUCUAAUUGUUUUUUCUUUGUUGGGCCCAGAACGUGUGGGAGCAGAAGUAGUGGAAUGUGCAUGUGUAAUUGAAUUACCAGAAUUGAAGGGUCGUGAACGGUUGAAUGGGAAGCCAUUGUAUGUGUUGGUGGAGUAUUACUAGUGGUUUGAAGAUACAAGUGAAGAUGGCUAGCUAAAGCAUGCAUGAUGAGGCUAGAGGAGUGUAUAUUAGAGGGAAUGUUAACUCAGCUCCCUUCCCCUGCAUCUGUAUGAUUUUUUUCCCUCGUUUUUUUUUCUUUUGCUCUUUAAAGCGAUUAUCGUCUUUGAAAGUGGCGGUCAAUGAGACCCAGACGGUGCUUUGCCCGAGGAGCACACAGUUUUUGGGACGCCACCCAAGGCAAAAGCUUUGUAGUCCAACUCAAAAAUACUUUGAAGAAUUAAUGAACUUGUUGUAUAA